CCUUCAAAUACUAGUUGUGUUUGUAAGCACAAUAGCAGUAGACUCUAUUGUUAUACUUGUCGGAUGGAGAAAGAAAACGCAAGACAUUCAUAGUUUCAUAUCCAAACUUGUAUUCGAUUAUAUUGGAAGGAAUAUAUAUAUAAAUAUAUAUACAAGUAUAAGUAAGAUCAAAGAGUGUGCUUCUUCAAUGGUACCCGAUAUAAAAGGAUCCAUGAUGAAUGGGGAGAUUGAGGGAGAGAAAAGAGGGUGAAAUGGAAGAUGAGAAGAAAGAUGAUGGUGAUGGUGUGGAGGAGGGUGGUUCAGGGAGGCUGCAACCAUGGACAAAGCAGAUUACGGUUCGUGGGAUUGUGGCGAGUUGUAUUAUAGGGAGUAUUUACAGUAUCAUAGCAAUGAAAUUGAAUCUGACAACUGGAAUGACACCUAAUAUGAAUGUCUCGGCUGCACUUCUUGCUUUUGUGUUCAUGAGGACUUGGACAAAGAUGCUUCAGAAAUCAGGGAUUUCAUCUGUUCCCUUUACUAGACAUGAGAACACCAUGAUUCAGACAUGUUCCGUUGCCUGUUACAGCAUUGCUAUUGGAGGUGGAUAUGGAUCUUAUUUACUGGGAUUAAACAAGAAAACAUAUGAGAUGGCUGGAGGUGUGAAUUCUCCAGGGACAUAUAAAGAACCUGGUGUUGGUUGGAUGAUGGGCUAUUCUUUCUUGGUCUGUUUUAUUGGUCUUUUUGUAUUGAUCCCACUACGCAAGGUUUUAAUUGUGGACUAUAAGUUGGUGUUUCCAAGUGGGAUGGCGACUGCGGUUCUUAUUAAUGGAUUUCAUACUCAAGGAGAUGAUAUGGCAAAGAAGCAAGAAAAAGAAGAAGAAUGCGGAUUUGUUCAGUUUCCUACAUUCGGAUUAAAAGCUUGGAAGAACACGUUUUACUUUGACUUUAGUAUGACUUAUGUGGGAACCGGAAUGAUUUGUCCUCACAUUGUGAACUUGUCAUUGCUAAUUGGAGCUGUGGUUUCAUGGGGUAUAAUGUGGCCCUUAAUUGGAAAAAACAAAGGAGACUGGUAUCCUGAUGGUUUACCUGAAAGCAGCAUGAAGAGUCUCAAUGGCUACAAGGCCUUUAUUUCCAUUGCUCUAAUCCUAGGAGAUGGUCUAUACAACUUCGUCAAGAUACUAUACAUCACAUCCAUGAGCGUACAUGGAAGAUUCAAGAACAAAAGCCUCAAUCCAGUUAUCGAGAAGAAGGUGAGUGAAAUUGAGCUAAAACAAAACGAGGUUUUCUUAAGAGAAAACAUUCCCAUGUCAAUAGGAGCAAUCGGAUACAUAACUUUAGCUAUAAUUGCUGUGAUUGCAAUCCCAUACAUGUUUCCCGAAGUUAAAUGGUACUAUGUCAUCAUCUCCUACAUAUUUGCUCCAUCUUUAGCCUUCUGUAACGCGUAUGGAGCCGGGUUGACCGACAUCAACAUGGCAUACAAUUACGGGAAAAUCGGGCUUUUCAUGAUGGCGGCAAUGGCGGGAAAAGAGGACGGGGUGGUGGCGGGAAUGGCGGGAUGUGGGCUGGUGAAAUCGGUGGUUUCGGUUUCUUGCAUACUGAUGCACGACUUGAAAACCGGUCAACUCACGUUGACUUCUCCAAGAACGAUGCUUGUGAGUCAAGCAAUCGGGACAGCUAUAGGGUGCAUGGUGUCACCAUUGAGCUUCUUUUUGUUCUACAAAGCUUUUGAUAUUGGAAACCCUGAUGGAGAAUACAAAGCACCAUACGCGAUAAUCUACAGAAACUUGGCGAUUCUUGGGGUGCAAGGUGAAUGCUAA